UACCCAAUUUGUGUUGCUUUUGCUUGGCAGCCCCGUGAUUAAAGAAUUCACGUCAGGAGAGUGGAAUUACACCUUGACUAUGACAGCAUACACUGACCCUGACAGAACACAACUCAUAGAAUUAAGCACUAGUGUCCAGCUAAAUCAGAAGAUCUGGGUGGAGAUCAAGGCCUAUGGACUGGAUGGGAGUUCCAUUUUGCUGGUGACAGAGUCCUGCUGGGCCACCAAUCAGUCAGCUUCAAACGGAAGCCUUCGAUAUGACCUCAUCAGUGCAGGAUGUCCCAACCCUGCAGAUGGGACGAUCAAGAUGGAAGGCAACGGAGAAGGAACAUCAAACUACUUCUCCUUCAACACGUUCAAGUUCUCCGACAACAACAAUGAAAUGUUUCUUCAUUGCAAAGUAGAGCUGUGUGUCCAACAGGGAGACUCUUGCAGUCCGAACUGCAACAAUGCAGGGAGAAGACGGCGAUCUGUGCCUACCACUGUUGAUGAUGGAGGUCCUUCUAUCAUCACUAUGGUCUGGACUUAAGAGGAACUGCACAAACCCAUCAAUUUAGCGGUCAUCCUUGCUUUCUUAAUAAACUUCUUGUUGCUGCCAUGUGCAUUUUCUAUCCAA